UAAGAAAGGGAGGAGCAGAAAAAAACAAUUAUAAAAAAUCACGUGGAGAGAGACCGAGCAAGCUGAUUUAAAAGCUCUGAAUGUAUGUCGUCUAUCUCUCAUGAGAAGGCGAGUCUUAAAGUUCCAUCAGAAUGGGCAGUCUAUCCUCAGACGCAGCAGGACGACAACAGCAACGGGUCAUGGAGAGGUGUCCGUAGCUUCACAACGGGACUCCCAUCGUCAUCACGGUCCAUCGCAGCGCGAGCAUCACCUCCGCCACGGAUACUUCCUCCGUGAGGUGAGAGCACAAGGCCGUCAGCGAGCUGCACACCGACACCGGAGAAAAUAUGAACAUCCAGGUCCUGCCAGACCACAAGCUGUCAUCAGUGGCCCCGCUGAAACCCUGCAAUGUGGAGAAGAAGGAGGUGGAACUGAUAUUGGUGAAGGACCAAAAUGGGGUCCAGUAUACCAGUUCGACCAUCAUGCCCACCCCCAGCACGCACGGCACCCCCUGCACCGCUGAGGAGCUGGAGGAGAGGGAAACAUGGGGAAAGAAAAUAGACUUUCUCCUAUCCGUCAUAGGCUUCGCAGUGGACUUGGCCAAUGUCUGGAGAUUCCCUUACCUCUGCUACAAGAAUGGAGGUGGUGCCUUUCUAAUCCCCUACAUUCUGUUCCUGGUGAUUGCUGGGAUGCCUCUGUUCUAUAUGGAACUAGCCCUGGGACAGUACAAUAGGGAAGGAGCUGCGACAGUCUGGAAGAUCUGCCCUGUCUUUAAAGGUGUGGGCUACACUGUGAUCAUCAUAGCGUUGUAUGUGGGUUUCUACUACAACGUCAUCAUAGCCUGGUCCCUGUACUAUCUGUUCUCCUCUAUGACCAGUGAGCUGCCCUGGCUCCAUUGUGGCAACGCCUGGAACAGUCCGAACUGCACAGACCCCAAGCUACUAAACGGAUCCUUCCUGGGCAAUGGGACGUCUUAUGCCAAGUACAAGAUGACGCCGGCUGCAGAGUUCUAUGAGCGUGGCGUACUCCAACUCCAUGAGAGCAGGGGGAUCCAGGACCUGGGCAUGCCUCGCUGGGAGCUGGUCCUCUGUCUGGUGGCUGUGGUCUUUCUUCUCUACUUCAGUCUCUGGAAGGGCGUCAAGUCCUCCGGCAAGGUGGUGUACAUCACGGCCACCAUGCCCUAUGUGGUGCUGUUCGUCCUGCUGAUCAGAGGCAUCACUCUGCCAGGGGCUAUGGACGGCAUACGGGCCUACCUCCACAUCGACUUUAAACAACUCAACGACCCCAAGGUGUGGAUUGAUGCUGCUACCCAGAUCUUCUACUCAUUGGGAGCUGGCUUUGGAGUGCUCAUUGCAUUUGCCAGCUACAAUAAAUUUGACAACAACUGUUACAGGGAUGCUAUCCUGACCAGUACAGUGAACUGUGUCACCAGCUUCUUUUCAGGUUUCGCCAUCUUCUCUGUGCUCGGCUAUAUGGCCUACAAACACGGAGUAAGGAUAGAGGACGUGGCCACCGAAGGUGCAGGACUGGUGUUCAUCAUCUAUCCUGAGGCCAUCUCCACCCUGCCUGGAUCUACCUUCUGGGCCAUAGUAUUCUUCAUCAUGCUGCUGACUCUGGGCAUCGACAGCUCUAUGGGCGGUAUGGAGGCAGUCAUCACAGGACUGUCAGACGACUUCAAGAUCCUGAAGAGGAACAGGAAGCUGUUCACCUUCGCCACGGCAUUCGGAACCUUCCUUGUCGCACUCUUCUGCAUCACUAAUGGAGGUAUAUAUGUGCUGACUUUGUUGGAUAACUACGCGGCGGGGACCUCCAUCUUGUUUGGGGUGCUGAUUGAGGCCAUUGGGGUGUCCUGGUUCUACGGCGUGGACCGCUUCAGUGAGGAUAUCGAGCGCAUGAUGGGCUUCAAGCCAGGUCUCUACUGGAGGCUGUGCUGGAAGUUUGUCAGCCCCACCUUCCUACUGGUCGUGGUGAUAGCCAGCAUCGUGACGUCCACGGGCCUGAGUUAUGAUGACUAUGUCUUUCCUUCAUGGUCCAAUGUGAUUGGCUGGGGCGUAGCUCUGUCCUCCAUGAUGUUUGUGCCCAUCUACGCCAUCUACAAGUUCCUCAGUAUGCCAGGGACAUUCAAACAGAGGAUCGCCUACUGCAUCACACCAGAACACGAACAUCAUCUGGUGGCGGAGGGAGCUACCAUCAGACAGUUCACGCUCAAGCACUGGUUGGCUAUCUGACAACCUGAUGUCACCCAACCUUCCCCACUACUCACAAUUCCGGGGUGUUGGAGUCAUUGUGUUUCGACGGCAGAUGUUCCUGCUGCUGAGCCUCCUGCUACUGGAGGAUGGACAGGGAUAACGCCAUGCUCCUGUCUGCCUCUCUGUGUUCUGUUGGUUCUGACCCAACCUGUGACCUGCCAUCCCCUCUUUCCCACUCGGCCCCUCAUCUCCCUCUCUCUCUGUGUUCUGUUGGUUCUGACCCAACCUGUGACCUGCCAUCCCCUCUUUCCCACUCGGCCCCUCAUCUCCCUCUCUCUCUGUGUUCUGUUGGUUCUGACCCAACCUGCGACCUGCCAUCCCCUCUUUCCCACUCGGCCCCUCAUC